AUGCCAGAGCCCGGCCAGCACGACCACCGCCUCCAGAGACAGCAGGAGGCAGAGGGCAUGCCUGCCCCGCGCCAGGGCGUGCUGCGGGCUUCAGGGGUCGCCCAGGAAGGGGCGGGGGUGGGAGGUCCUGGGUCCAUCCUUGAGCACCAGCGGGAGGGGAUGGACGAGCAGUGGGGCAGUGACCUCGAUCAGCCUCUGGAUGUCCCCGAACAGCGCUUCUCCUUCGCCCACACAGGCCUGAGAGACCGCUGGCCCCCCACCGCACCAGCGCCCAAGCUCUGGGAAGCUGCUGCUGGCCCGGCAGAAAAGCACGUGGAGGAGGACGUGGCAGCACAGUGCUGUGCGGGGAGUGGAGGAAUCAUGAGCCCCAUGCCGCCCCCACACUGCUCCCUGCAGGACCUGCCUGUGGAGAUGCUGGUGGAGAUCUUCACCUCGCUCCCGGGCACCGACCUGCCCAGCCUGGCACAGGCCUGCACCAAAUUCCACCACAUCUUGCACACCGACAGCAUCUGGAGACGGCGCUGCCAGGAGGAGUAUGGUGUUCGUGAAAACUUGCAGAAACCAGAGAUGAUCGGUGGUAUGUCUUAUCGAGAAGUCUAUGCGAAGCUGCUCCACCCAUACAGACACAUUUUGGGAUUGUGGCAGCUAGAUACUGAGCACUAUAGAACACUACUGAAUGUCGUGGUGGACGGCUUAUGCAUUACUGGUUGGACGUACGGGCCCUCCCUUAACACCCAUGUGGAUGGCCCACUGCAGUUCAAGCCCUCGUUCAGAAUUUGCCUGACGGAGAGGGAAUCAGCCACGGUGGAGUGCCUGGAAGGCCUCCAUAUCAGGCCCCACAGCCGCCAUGUGCAGAUUCAGAAGGACAGGCUCACCCUCCAGUGCAACAAGACAGACCACCAAAAGGAUUUAACAGCAAGACUUAGGGAAGAACUGGCCCUGGUGCUGAGGCUGGGGCGGGAGGACAGAUAUCAGUAUGACUGCCUGGCCUACCGCCGCCUCUACCUCCCGUCGAGCCACCCGGACGACCUCAUCAGGCCAGGCCUCUUCCAAGGCAACUACAAUCCCUUUAGCCUAAAGAUUGCCAUGCUCAGCUUCCAUGGGAAGUAUGCCAGGGUCACGAAGAUAACGGGAUAUUCCAAUGGGAUGUUAGAGAUCCACCUCAUGCGCCGCAUCCAGCUGCCAGAUGGCAAGUUCUUCUGCAACUUGAACAAGCUCUCCCGCGUGAUCCAAGAGAUUGACGAACAGGUGAUCCAGCAGCAGCAGCAGCAAGAAGACCGGACUGAGGAGAGCGAGGGCCAUGGACACAACUCGAGCCGCUGUCUUGCAGCCUCUGGCAUCAUCUGGAACCUCUCCUGGCUGCGCUGUUCCCGGAAGGCGGAAGGCGGGUGA